UUGCAAGUACAACAGUUCUCUGUGCGCUCCCCAUUCAUUUCCUGAGAACUGCCUAAGCUGAGCAGCUGAGAGGCAGAAGGGGAGGGAGCUGAUCACACACACACACACACAUGCACACACACACACAUGCACACACACACACAUGCACACACACACGCGUACAGUACACACGGACAUACGCGCAGAGAGAGAGGAGCGAAGAGGAGAGGAACAGUGUCCUGGUGUCCGCGGCUCUGCAGCUCCUGACAAGGCAGCCUCAGAAACAGGAUGUUAAUGCUUGACGGAAUGCCUGCAGUCCGAGUCAAAGCUGAGCCCCUGGAAUCGGAACAAGGGUCACCUAAAGUGCGCCCUUACUCUGCGAUGGACGGCGUCCCUUUUUUCCUCAGCAGAGUUAAACCUGAACCUCCGGAGGACCUGCUCGCCCACGACCUGCACUUCCACACGCAGACGGAGCCCGUCGACCUGUCGAUCAACAAAUCCCGCCCCUCAUCCUUCCUCCCCACCACCACAAACUUAUCAUCCUCCCCUCUCAGAUCCGCCUUCUCCCCGUCUUCGUUAUCGUCGUCAUCCUCCUCCUCCUCCUCCUCAUCUUCCUCCUCUCCAUCAGUUAUCACCUCAGCCUCAUCGGUGCUCACGCCAGGCCCCCUGGUCGCCCCUGGCGCCGGGCUGAGAGGUCAGCCGUAUUUGCACAUCCUGCACUCUGUGCCGCCUCCUCCAUCCAGCCCUCUGAGCCUGCAGGGAGCGGGGAAGCAUGGCAGCCAUGUUCACCGCAUCCCGGUGGUGGUACAGUCACUGCCCCUCAUGUACACCACUGCCGUUCGAUCGCCCUCCAGCCUCAACAACACCAUCGUGCUACCUCUGCUGAAUGAGGUCAAAAGCCAGAGAAAAGCAUACACAGACCCCAAUGGCCUAUCGCCAAGGCAGAUCAAAAGUGACAGCGAUGACGACGACCUGCCAAACGUGACCUUGGACAGUGUUAAUGAGACCGGCUCCACUGCGCUGUCUAUAGCCCGGGCUGUACAAGAUUCCAUUUCCCCGUUCAGUAUUGACAGCAUACGUCGUCCCCGGAGGUCAGAGUCUCCAGAUUCCAAAAAGAGGAGAAUCCACAGAUGUGACUUUGAGGGCUGCAAUAAGGUGUACACCAAAAGCUCCCAUCUAAAAGCACACAGACGGACGCAUACAGGGGAAAAGCCAUACAAAUGCACCUGGGACGGCUGCACGUGGAAGUUCGCCCGCUCCGAUGAGCUGACGAGGCAUUACAGAAAACACACAGGGGUCAAACCCUUCAAGUGCGGAGACUGUGACCGCAGCUUCUCCAGAUCCGACCACUUGGCUCUGCACCGACGGAGACAUAUGCUGGUUUGAAACAGACGGAGAGAGAGAUAAAGAGAGAGAGAGCGAGAAAGAAAGAGAGGGAGAGAUCAAUGGAACAAACACACACACAAUCAUGCAAACACACACAGGCAGCCGGGGGAGCGGGAUCUCCCUUUGAAUGUUUUUCAGCUGGCCUGGAUGCACACACACAUAUACAUACAAACACACACAAACACACACACACAUAAACAUACAAAAACGCACACACACACACUCUCAUCCGUCAGAAGGCGAGAAGACGUGCUCGGAGCUCUCGGAGCACACACAGGGUCACUUCUGGAUCCUCCCGGGGUUGGAAGGAGCAGACGGCAGGAUCUUUUAUCGGAGUCUAAUAGGGAACUGUCUUUUACAGCACUGUUCAUAAAUGUUUCACUUUGAUUAUUGAAAGCAAACUCUUCAUUUGGACAAAAAAAAAUUAUAUAUAAUGCAAUCGCAACCGUCUUUUUUUUUGUUGAUUUUUUUCUUUUCACUAUAUUGUUCCAGUUGCUGAUUUUUACCAGCAUUUCAUAAUGUGAAAGACCCCAUUGAAUGGAAUGGAUUUUUUAGAGUCACAGGCCUGGACUGGAUCGCAGGGACCUUGUUGGAGUUAAGGGCAGGAUUGCUUCCCUUCUGGAGUCUGUUCGAUGAGCAGCAGGGGGCGCCAAGUAACCACGGAUUGUCUGCUGUGUGGUUUCCCUAUAAAAGCUAAAAGAGGGCAGGAUUUUCACCUUCCCCUCAUCCAGCCAACAGUCCACACCAUCCCAGCCCGGAAGGAUCCACCUCACCAACACCUCCAGAGUCAUCCUUUUAUUAUGAACGAUUUUAAAAAAAUGGACACGCAACUCAUGGCACCAGCAGAGAAGCACAACGUUUCCUACCAAGACAUCAGUGCUGUCCUGUUUACUUCGAGCCUCUUUGAAAUCUUUGGGUUUGAUUUUGUGCUGUGAUUAGCAAUCAGUAAAGUGCAAUCUUAAAGGAUGAAUAUACUUUCAACGUUUCUUUAAUUGAAUAUUUUUUCUCUUUUUUUUUCUAAAUGCCUGCUUAUUGCUUAUGUUUGACUCGGAAGAAAGAAAAAAACCAACCCCUCAUGUACAGUGAACUUUGAAACAAUCAGAGGAGAUUUUCAGUAUGUGAAAAAAAAUGACAGAGGCACCUUACAAGACUCAUGCGUUCAUCCUGUCCCCAUCCAUCGUGUUGUUCUUCUUCAGCUCUGUCUCCUCAGCUGGGUUCCACAGUGGAAGGAAUCUGUGGCGGUGGGGUUCUCUUAUUUUCAUUUUUAAUUUUUGUUUGCACAGCAGCACUUGACCAUAAGCUGACGUUGACACCGGCUGCAGUGUUACAGGGAUAGCGUGGUACCUGACGUACAAACCCAGAAGAGCAAUACACUCUGAACAAAGUGACGGGAAGGGACAGCCGCCUCCUCUUUGUUCUGUUUGCUGAUGAUGUCAAUAUCCUGAGGAGAAGUUUUUCUCAACGGGCAAGCUCCUCAUUCCAUACCAUGCCCCCCCCCCCCUCUGUUAUCCGUUUGUAGCUCCAGCACAAGACCCUGAAUCCGACGUGUGUCAGUCAGAGAGUCACUAUAAAUCAUUUCAUGUUGUUUUUACUUUGUUUGUCUCAAACAAACUUGAAAUGCCAUCACCUCAGACCAGAUAUAUGUCAAGAUUAUUGUCUAAUUUACCUGAGAUUUGGUUAUUUAGAAUUCUGAAAAAAAUCACACAAACACAUAAACAAUACAUUUACAUACAUACAAACAUAGUACAUGAGCAUCAUCAAGGUUUACUGGCAGAUUUAUCUCUUAGAAGGUCACAUAACCUCAAUCAGGAAAUGUAAUUUUAAAGAAUAUUUUUAUAUUCAUUAUAGCAGACAGUUUUGCAGGUGUUUCCAAAGCUCUUAAGCUGAGGAGGAGCUGCACACAUAAAUGCAGAGAAUCACACCAGCUCAUAUUAUUUGAUAGUGCUGCUUAAUGUAUCUAUUGGACCGAAGCCAGUCAAAGAAAAUGGUAACCUUUUUGAUAUUGAAAACCCUCCACACAAACACACACUCUAGUGCAUCUACACACACACACACAGGCAAAGUAGCCAAAUCCAGGAGGUUCUUUCCACACAUGCACCCAACGUAUGUGACACCCCCACCUUGAUGUAAUGGAGAAAUGUAUGUCAUCUUUAUUUAUGCAUAGUGUUUGUGCACAACGUCAUGAAGCCCGGUUGUAUUAACAUUUUGGCAAAAGCAUAUCAGCACCUUGUUUGUUUCAUACUAUUUUCAAAUUAUUUUAUUUCAGAUGUUGAUUUAAAAACAGAUAAUCAUCAUGGUAUUAUUAUUAUAUAUCAUCCAUAUAAUGUAUAAGAUCAUUUUUAUGAUUGAUGGGGCACUUCAUCAUUGCAUAUAACUUUUUUUUCUUCUGUAAAAAGGAUCUUUUUUGAAAUGUUGUAAUAUAUGUGAUAGUGAAGAGAAAACUUAUUACAAAGUUCUACAUCCUGUAUAUACAUUGGAAAAAUAGGGCUUUUGAUUAGUAGAUGCAGGAAAUACAUUUAUACAUGUAAAGUCUUUUUUCAGAGACUGUAAUUUAUCUAAUUUGGUAUACAGUGAAAUGGGGCUAAUGGUAUUCAUCAUGUAAAUUAUCAUAUGUGGUGUUAUGUAACGGUUUUCCUUUUUUUUGAUUUUUUUGGGGGGGUUUGUGGUUAAACAAUUUCACGAUCAAAUCAUUUUUAUUCCCAAGGCUGAACCAGUGUUUGCUAUAAUCAACAAAUUAUUUAUAUACAUUGACCGUAUUAAGGUACUCGAUUCCCUCUGUUGUUAUUUUGCUACUCCCGGACAAAAAACAGAUAUAUUGAUCAAGCACAUAUCAACAACACAUGUACUCUCCUACACAGUAUAUGACGUUGCAUGCCUUAAUACACCACAAAUUCAAUUAGACUUGUUGUCUCCACAGGACAGGGUGAAUUGUAUUUCCCUUCAAGCGUCUCUUUCCUCAUUUUGAAGCAUAAUUUUGCAACGGUAACCAGGGUCAAAGUUAUGCAAUAAUAAUGAAUAGUGCCUCAUAUCACAAACGUGUAACACCCACUGCUCUGUGCAGGGUUUCGAUUGCUCAAAUUAAUAAAUUUCAAUUGAGAAAUCAUGAUUAUUUUUGUUUUUCGGGGAUAAGUAAAACAAAAAAGCACAGACAACAUUAUGCAAGUCGGACCUCUAACUUUUGAACUUUUCUUUUUUUCGCACUGAGCCUUAUGCCGUUGUGUCAAAUGCAGCGUGCUCCCAUAACACGCUUUCACGGGCUGUUUAUAGCACGCAUUAUCACUCUGCUUGCAAUAAGUCACUUCCUCUGCGGGAAACAAAACCGAGUUACAAAGGCCUCUCGAUGUUUCAGCUUCAGCACAUUAAUUCAACAAAGCGAUUCCAUUGAAAGAUAAUGAGGAAUUUGACUCAUAGGAGGAAAGAAAAAAAUCCUGUGGCUGGGAUUCCGGCUGUAAAGUGAUGCCUUUGUUUAUGAAUAGUGAUCUUACGCUUUCUAUCAGUUCAAUAUCUACUUUACUUUCUGUGUAACAUCUGCUUUUGAGUUCCUGGUUUUGAAAAAUUUUAAGUAGUGAAGCCAAUGCCUAUGUUUCGAGUUUGCUGAUAUUACGUACAGUAAUCGUUGUUCCUGUAUUUAUGUAAAGUGAGUGUAGUGUAUAUAUAUUCAGAUCUUUUCAUUCUUGCCGUAUAGGAAAAAAAAAUUAAUUGUGAUAUUGCUCAGCAUCGCUUCUAAAAGGGAGAUCUUGCUCAAGGAAUUCCACAUCUGUAAAAGAAAAUUUUUUAAUCCUGAUAUUUUUCAAAAACUUCAAGAACAGGUGUCCUUAAUUUUUUUUUUUUUUCUGUUACGCUUUUCUUUUUCUUUAAGAGUUGUUUAAGUAUCCAGUCAGUGUUUUUGCCUUUUUCUCUGUAUUUUUCAUAUGGAUGGAGCUGUGAAAUUAAAAGAAGUUCAAAAAUAUACAUGUAUAUUAAUAUGAAUGGAGGCAUGAAGGUUAAUAAAGUUGCAUUUUGUAUGUA